AUGACUUCAUUGAUUCGAACCGAUAGACACAUAUCUAAUGCGGCUAAUAACACGGACUCGUACCGAUUAUUAAGGGGUCGUACUAGUGUUUGGAAAACGGCUCCGGAUGCACGAUUGAUGCCGUACUUGGAGCAAGCCGAAUUUGGGUCAGCAGCACUGAUCCGGUCCUCCGACGUGCACUAUGAUUUAAUAUCUGCGCUAGUGGAGCGGUGGCGCCCAGAGACCCACACUUUUCAUUUUCCGUGCGGGGAGUGCACAGUGACCUUAGAGGAUGUUGCAAUGCAGCUUGGGCUCCCAAUUGACGGGAGUCUCGUAACGGGAGUAUCUUCAUUUACCGAUCCGGCUGCAUUUUGUUAUGAGCUCCUGGGGGACUCGCCAGGGGACUGUGAGAAAAAUUUUACGGGCUUACAAUUUACAUGGCUAAAAGCCAAAUUUGGACAAUUAUCAGCCACUACCACUGAAGGUGAGUUGAUGUGUGCUGCUCGAGCGUACAUCAUGCAUAUCGUAGGGGGAGUAAUCAUGCCUGAUGCAAACAACGACAAGGUGCAUUUGAUGUAUUUGCCCCUAUUAGCUAAUUUGUCCACUGUUAGCUCGUAUAGUUGGGGCUCCGUCGUUCUAGCAGUGUUGUACCGGGAGCUUUAUCGGGUGACAAACCCGGAUGUUGUAGACAUUGGCGGAUGCCUCCCACUGCUGCAGUCCUAG